AUGGGAACCAAUGACGUGACCCAGGAAACCUUCGGAUCAGCAGACUUGUUAUGCGGCGGCGCCUUCGCCGAAAUUAAGGCGGACGACAAAGUCAAGGAGAGCCAUGUCACGGAUACUUCCAAAGAUCUCUUUCCUGAAGACCAAGAUCAACUUGCCUUCCCUUCUCAAAGCAGUGUAUUGCAAAAUUCGCCGUCUUCAUCCGUAGAUGCGACCAUGAAGGAGUUUUUCUCUCAAGUGAUUUGCGAGGCCCAAGUAAACAGACGUAUCAGGGGCAUCGUACUGCUCUUCAGCAUCUGCUCUGUUGUAAGGUUAACAAAGGAUAACGAGAUACACAUCAGUCACAUCGUCAGAAGAGAUGCCCCGGUACCCGGCAACACGUAUACAAAUUGCACCGCCAGUGCUUCUAUGGCUACCAUGAUGGCCGCCAUGGCCAGACUGCGGUCAUUAGAUCCCCACCACCCUAUGCAGGUCAUCUUUGACCGGCGACUCGCCGGUCCCAGUGUUCAGAUUCCUACUUCCUCUUCCACACAUCUUCCUUCUACACCAGAUAAGAAGCAGGGAUCUGGGAGGCAAAUGAGAGAAAGCCAAUCUGAUCAUUACAUGACGUGCGUGUUCAACUCGAAACUGAGAUUUGUUCCUCCCACCAGCCAGCCAUCUUUUGAAACUUUUCGUCUGGAACAGGUCAUCCCGCCUGACGUCGCGCCUGAUUCAAGCCAUGCUCCGCCCGCCUCAUCCACGCACGCUUCCGUCAGCAACUCCCACUCCCACCAAAUCGAGUCCACUUCAUCUCGCGCCACUGCUUCAAGUGACAAAACCAUCAUCCCCAAACAUGCCGGCCAUUUCCAAACUCUUCGCUUUGGCAAACUCAUGGGGCGAGGAGCUCUUUGGGAUGUAUACGAGCUACCCGACACCCCGGGCUAUGUGGCCAAGUUCUGCAGUCCCUAUAGCGUGUUGCUCCAACGCGGUUAUGACAAUUUUGACGACCUCGACAUCAUCCUUAAUGAACUCGUCACGGAUACGCUACUGUCCAGUGACCUGUGGCCUGUGGAAAGGGUUUUGGGAUCCGGCAAAUAUGACAUAUGGUGA